UCAAGACUAUAGCCUCUCAGUUGUGAGCGAUUCUUCCAUUCACUCAAACUCAAGCCAUGAAGAUCUUUAUUUUGCUGAGCCUUUCUGUCACUCUCACUUUGGGAUGUUCAAAUCUUCCUGAACUUGCAGCUUGCAACAGAGAGGAGGGAGACUGCAGCUGUCAAACCGGCUUGUCCUGUGUUCUGACCAAAAAGUUGAUCUACCAAGGACAAAUGACAGACGUCAAACAGUGCAUGCCAGAGGGGAUGGAGAUUGAAGUGGAAACAGUCGAUCUUGACGAGGAAGGUGCCGUUGCUCCCAUGAAGAAGAAACGCUUUUUGUUUAAUGGACUCCUUAAGAGAUGCACAACUCAAACUGACUGCGGAGAAGACCAGUGUUGUUUGUUCAACAAAAGGUGCGCUCCAAAACUUCGGAAGUACUUCACAUGUUAUUUAACGCACCUUCACAAGUGCGGUUGCCUUGAUGGCCUGGUUUGUACCGAAACAGCCUCCUUCACCAUUCCUCUGACUGGGAUCAGGGUUGCCCUGAGGCAGUGCAUGUAACUCGUACCAGCCUCUUGAUCGAGACAAAGUAAUCAUCAGAUGGGAAGACAAAACUAAACAUGUAACGCUUAGAAGCAUUUAAGUGAAUGAAAUAAAGAAAGUCUUCAAAAUGA